AAGCUGUUAGGCCUGAAACCGCCGCUUUGCAUUUACAGACUGGCGAUGAAAGUGUUAUUAUUACUUUAAUUUUAGCCAGUACUGUAAAAAUACUUCUGAAGAUGAUAAUUGAGAAUGUGGAAGCUCUGAAGUCAUGGCUCGCUAAGCUCUUGGAACCAAUAUGUGAGGCAGAUCCUGCAGCGUUGGCCAACUAUGUAGUUGCUUUAGUGAAGAAAGAGAAACCUGAAAAAGACCUGAAGGUGCUUUGUGCUGAUCAGUUGGAUGUCUUCCUACAAAAAGAAACUGCUGGUUUUGUAGAUAAACUCUUUGACUGUUUAAGCACCAAAACCUACCUGGCAAAUCUGGAGCCCCCAACUAAGGAGGUUCCAAAAGAAGAAACCAAACUUUCAGUGAAAAAACUUGCAGAGAAAGAGGAGGGUGGAAGCAUCAAUGCAGACAGGGACGGCCGAAGGAAAAGGAGUCCUCUGAAAAACCGAUCUGACUUUAAUGAAUCUAGGAGUCGUGACGACCGCGACCGCAGGAGAGAAGACCACAAGCGGCGGGACGCUGACCGCCAUGGGAAGAGCGGCACCUCGUACCGGGAGCGCCACCACGAGCGCCGCAGGGGGGGGGGCGGCCGGACAGCGGGACACGGGCACCGGCGCAGCCACAGCAGGAGUCGCAGCCGGAGCCGCAGCGGGAGCAGGGGCAAGAGCAGGGACAGGGACCGCAGCAGGGGAAGAGAUCAUCGGUCCAGAUUUGAGCAGGAGAGGAAGGAGGCGGAUGGUUACGCUCCGGCAUCUGUGGCAAAGUGUAGCCCACCACACCAGCAGCAGCCGCACCCCCCUCUGCCCCUCCUCCCCCUGCCACCUGCCCAGCAUCCUCGGCCCUCCGGGGCCCCGCCCAUCCCCAGCUCCGUUACCACGGCCGGUCCCGCCCACCUGCCUGCCGGUUCUGCCCAAAUUCGGCCUGAUUACUUCGCCAACCACACCGAGGGCACUGGCAUUCGCAGGCAGCGCUGUCGCGACUAUGACGAGAAAGGGUUCUGUGUGCGUGGUGACCUUUGCCCCUUCGAUCACGGCCGUGACCCCUUGGUGGUGGACGAUGUCACAUUGCCAGCUAUGAUUCCGUUCCCGCCCCCUCCUGGCGUGCCACCCCCGAGGGUGGCUGUGCCGCCCUUGGCUGACCCAUCUCCCAGCGUUAUGGCUCCCGCGCCCCCCCACCGGCCCGCGCCCCCUCUCAGCACCCUCCCCACGUCAGGUAACCAUGACCCUGAAGUAUACAACCCAGAGGCCCCGGGAAUCACAGCGUCAGACCAGCACCAGUACAUCCCCCGGGUCCAGACCCAGAGACCCAACCUCAUCGGGCUGACCUCUAGAGACACGGAAGCCCUGAGUUCCAGAGCGGCUAACAUCAUCAUCCAGACGGAGCCGACCGUGCCGACUGUGCCCUGCAAGGGCCCGAGAUUCAGCAGUGAGCAGGAGAGCAGGAAGCGCCCCCUGGGGGCCAUCGAGGGCCCUGCGGCCAAGAAGCCCUGGAUGGAAAAUCAAAACUACAAUAACCAGCAGAAACCCGGCUUCCAAAAGAAGAAUCACUACACCAACACUAAACUUGAAGUUCGCAAAAUCCCCAGAGACCUGAACAACAUCACACAGCUGAAUGAGCACUUCAGCAAGUUUGGCACUAUUGUCAAUAUCCAGGUCGCGUUUGGUGGUGACCCGGAGGCGGCGCUGAUCCAGUACACGGCAAACGAGGAGGCUCGACGGGCCAUCAGCAGCACAGAGGCGGUGCUGAACAACCGCUUCAUCCGGGUCCACUGGCACCGGGACAACAGCGAGCAGCAGUCCCACCAGCCCCACGGCCAGAGCCAGAGUGCCCCCUCUGGCCUGCAGCACACCGGCACCCAUAAGGUGAUUAACGCACAGCACGGCCCCGGAGCCUACGCCCUCAGUAAGACGGUGGCCACGCACGCCCCAGGCAUCGGAGCCGGAAGCAAUCCCGUCACCCGGCAUGUCGGAUCAGACCCCUCAUUGACCACGACUACCUCUGCAAGCCUUCAGAAAGGAGCCUCCAGUUCUUUGGUCAUGAAGCCGGCUUCAAAGCCAGUUGGAAAAUCAGCCAGAGUGCUCGAAGCGUGUGAAGCCAUGAAGAAGAAACAGGAAGCACUAAAAUUACAGCAGGACAUGAGGAAAAAGAAGCAAGAGAUGCUGGAAAAUCAAAUAGACUGUCAGAAGGUGCUCAUAAACAGACUGGAGAGGAACAAGAGCAUGAAGCCGGACGAGAGGGCCAGCAUCAUGAAGACCCUGAAGCAGCUAACCGAGAAGAUCUCCCAGCUGAAGGACGAAAUGAGGCAGGCCAGCUCCUCGCAGCCCAAGAACAAGGAAGACGCACAAAAGGAGCUGCUAGACGCAGAGCUUGAUUUUCAUAAAAAGCUCAGUUCUGGAGAGGACACCACAGACUUGAAGAAGAGACUGAACCAGCUGCAGGUGGAGGCCACCCGCUUAGGGCUGAUCCCCACAGGCCGGGGCAAAGUGACACCUGUCAGGGGGCGGGGCCAGAGCCGGGGGCGGGGCAGAGGCCUGAGGGGCCGAGGCAGGGGCGGCCACCUGGUGGUGGAUCACCGGCCCCGUGCGCUCGCCAUCCUGGGGGUGACCAGUGCGGAGAAGGACGAGCUGAGGCCUCAUUUCGUGCAAUUUGGUGAGAUCGAGGACCUGCGCGACCACGACGCCACCAGUGUUGUCUUGACAUUCAAGACCCGUGGCGAAGCGGAGAAUGCUGCGAACCAAGGUGCAAAGUUCAAAGGUCGCACAUUACAGAUUUCUUGGUACAAGCCCAAAACGCCAUCAGUGUCUGUGGAACCAGAGGAGGAGGAAUCAAAAGACGAGGAGGCAAUUAGCUCCCGCUUUCUUCAUGAAGAAGAUGAGGAAGAUGAUGAUGAAGAUGAUGAGUCCGAGAGUCGUUCCUGGAGGAGAUAA